UGGCGCAUUUUAGGGGCCAUAGUGGACCAGCAAUUCAGCCUGUGACCUGCGCCUCUGGAAAGUUAAAACUUUAUCUCCCCCUCGUCCUCCUUUCUUUCGAAAUUUUGGUUUCUGGAAGUUUGGGUCACUAAAGAAACAUGAGGACGCUGAUCAGCCUGUUGCUGCUUCUUCUGGCCUGGUCUGCGAACACUGCUGCUCAAGGAUCUUUACUCUCGGCGAUCGACCAGCUCCCCCCAUGCGCGUUAGAAUGUCUUUCAACUGCAAUCACAGCAUCACCAUGCGGACUCACAAACCAGACGUGCAUUUGCACCAACCAGCAGUUGCAGAGCAGUGUAGAAACUUGCGUCCUUAAGUCUUGCACUGUCAAGCAAGGAUUGACCACGAAGAACAUAACCAUGACAACAUGUGGCGCCCCAAUCCGCAAUAAAACCGGAAUAUACCGUACUAUUUCCAUCACUCUCGGCGUCAUAUCUGCAGUUUGCGUUCUGCUGCGAUUAUUCUACAAGCUUGUACUCACCAUGGGCGAACUAGGACUGGACGAUUGCUUUAUCGGCAUAACCCUGAUUGACGGAGUUCCCAGCACCAUCAUAAAUGUCCGUGGCAUGGCAGCCAAUGGAUUAGGCAAAGAUAUCUGGACCUUAUCAUUUCCCACAAUCACCAAUUUCGUCCGAUGGUUCUACAUCCUGGAGGUCUUGUACUUCAGUCAGGUUUCGCUUCUAAAGCUGUCGCUGCUUUUUUUCUACCUCCGCAUCUUCCCCGGCAAGCCCGUCAGGCGGCUCAUCUGGGCAACCAUUAUCUUUAACACACUUUAUGGUGUUGCAUUUGUCCUUACCGCCAUCUUCCAGUGUCGGCCCAUUAGUUUUUAUUGGAACUCAUGGGAUGCCGAACAUUCGGGCCACUGUAUCAACAUCAACGCGCUAGGGUGGGCGAAUGCCACGAUUAGUAUUGUGCUCGACAUCUGGAUGCUAGCCAUUCCCAUGUCCCAGCUUAUCCACCUUAAAUUGGCUUGGAAGAAGAAGGUUGGGGUAGCAAUGAUGUUCUGCGUCGGGACAUUCGUGACAAUCGUUAGCAUCCUCCGUCUUCAGUCCCUCGUUCACUUUGCCAACUCCUCAAAUCCUACCUGGGAUCAAUGGGAUAUAAACAACUGGAGUACCGUCGAAAUCAACGUCGGAGUAAUAUGCGCCUGCAUGCCAGCGAUCCGCGUCAUUCUUGUCCGACUGUUUCCCAAAGCUCUUGGCUCAACAAGGAACGCUACGAACCAAUACUACGCCAAAUAUGGAAGUCACAGUCGAGCAGUUGGUCACGGUACCUCAACCGCAAGCCAACCCGGCGUGAUAACAUAUACGAAGACGUUUGAGGUCCAGCAUGGCGAUCAUGAUGAGACCAGGCUCGUACAGAUGGAUGAUCUAAGCCCAACUCCGAAAGAGCCGCGUAGUAACUCUAGCGAAGUUAGUUUAUAUGAACGCUCACAAAUUUGAAGAACUUUGCAUGAAAAGAAACGAUUCUUGGAAGGGAUAUAAGGUGAGACUGACGCGCUUUUCG